ACAAAACAAAUCGCAUACACCAAGCUCAGUAUUAGAAAAGCACCAGCAUUAAUACCAAAAAUUCAAUUUAGCUUAGAAUUAAAUAAGAUCUCAAAUCUUCUUGUCAAAUAUAUGUUUACACUUCCAGUUAUUGAUUUCAAAUUUUAAAUUAUUACUGAUCGCGUGCAAAGAGAAGACAAUUUGCUGACUCAAGAACGCAACACUGGUUGCGAUCUGUUUAGAAAAGCGUGCGGGUAAAAACAAAAAAGAGCAGCAUUUGGAACCACACUUAAAUUACCACAAAAACGGGAAGUUUGCAAAUUACAUUCAAAAGCGUGAACAAGAAGUGGCCAAUUGAAAGCGACGAUGAGUGAGCUGCAUGAACUAGUGUGUCAGAAUGACUACGACAGACUAGAAGAUGAAGUAAAGAAGGGAAAGCAUGACGUGAAUGCGAGGGACGAAGAAUGGGGAUACAGACACGCGCUGCACUGGGCAGCUCAAAAAGGAUUUAGCGAGUGCAUACGCCUGCUCGUGGAGUAUGGGGCGUGGCCAUAUGCAAGAGACUACAGGGGAUGGACUGCUGCCCACUAUGCCGCAGAAGCCGGAAAAUUACCAGUUCUCAGGACUCUACUGGCGGUGAAGUGUCCUUUACACCACAAAGACAAGUGGGGUAUGUCUCCCUAUGACGUAGCGCUCGUCUAUGGACACAAGGAGUGUGCCAGCUACAUAAUGCAAUUUAUUGAAGAAAUAUCGGAGCUGAGGCAGAAAUUCCGCGCGCCUUCUGCGACCCCCAAGAAGAAGUUGAGCAAAGCGAGUCGAGUGACUAUCUUGGAGGAUGAAACGUCUAAAGAAGAGACGCAACAACAGCAGAGUACUGGCCCACAACAACAACUGCAGUUUGACGAAAGCGUGGCUAGCACUGAAGAGGUGUUUGAGUUUGACAAGGACGAUCCGAAUUGGAAGACUUUCUUCAAUUUGGAGUGGGGAAACGAAGAAUUUGAAGGAGCCACGACUAAUUUGUACAUUCCUUACCUCAUGACAGGCGCCUAGCUAUCAUUAGAACUGUAGCCUAGUUCAUAAUGAUAAAAUUACAGUUUCUUCUACUUCUUUCCAUUAGGAUUGCAUGGUAUAGAUUGAUUGCUCCUUUCAAGUGUCAAGAAACGAAGUUAGGUUGUGGUUUUUUUUCAGGAAUAAAUCCUAAAAUUCGAUCACGUUUAUUUUUGACUCU